AUGCCUUCUCAGCCAGCCACUCCCAUCCGCAAGCGGAAGCUGCGGGUAUCAGCAGCCUGUGAGUUUUGUCGGCGGAGGAAGCUGCGGUGUGACGCAGAGCCUCAAUGCGAAAAUUGUCGUCAGCGUGGAGAAGACUGCACGUAUGCCACAAGAGAGAAGAAAGCCAGGCCCUCCAAUGCCCGGAUUCAUAAGCUAGAGGAGGAAAAUGCACGACUACGCCAGUCGUUGCAACACCCGCAGGAUGCUCUCGAAGAGACGCAGGCUGUCAUCGCUGCGGACACAAUAUCUCAUCACGACCAGGUCGGCGAUUCAUCUGAUCAACCUGCAUAUGAGGAGCAUGAACCCGUUGAUACGGACCAUGGUUCCGGGCAUGUAGUCUCGCAACCGGUCAUCCAUGCGUCUUCUGAGCCUCCCCAAGAGGUUGCUUUCCAUGGCCCCUCAAGUGUGAUGUUCAACAUGCCUAAGAAACAGCAACAGCUCUCACAAUCAUCUAUGACACAGAUUAAAAACCAACUCUUGGCUGAUGCCACAAGACAGCGCCAGAUGGAAGUUGUGAACUUGAAUAAUAAUUCACUUGACUUUGACGGCGUGUCUCAUGAACUAGGCAUGCGGCUGCUAUCACUGUUCUGGAACCGCCAAUAUUAUUCAGGGACUAUUGUGUACCGCCCAGCGUUCAUGAGGGAUAUGGCCUGCGGAGGUCGAUAUUUCUCAAAGCUUCUGCUGAAUGCCAUUUACUUUGGGGCAUCAAAGAGUCUUACCAGACCGGAAGACGUGAAAUCCAGUGGCCCCAGUGGUCAACGGGGCUGGUCAUUUCGAAACAAAUUCGACAGUUAUCUCCAUGCCUCCAACUCGGAAGCCCUUUGGAGGAGCGAGGUCACUACGAUACAAGCCCUGUUGAUUGUCUCAGACGCCUUGUUCACCUGGUGCGAUGAGAGGAGUCUGUCAUGGCACUACAUGGGAAUUGCUGUGAAUAUGAUUGUUGAUCUUGGCAUCCACGUCGAUGGAUCGGCUGGUUUACGUUCAAAGGAGAGUUGUUCUCCAGAGGAUAUCGAAGUUUAUCGCCGAUUAUUUUGGUCAGCCUACACUUUUGAUAAGGUGCAAUCAAUUUACCAAGGCCGGCCUUCCCGGCUGAAAGAUAUCGAUAACAGCGUACCAAUACUUUUCUUGGAUGAAUACGAAGAAUAUGAACUUUUCAAUACGUUGACCUAUUCAGCAACCCCACAGCAACUCUCCCGCCCGACUUAUGCAGUCUCAACUUUCCAAGAACUAUGUCAACUCAGCAUUAUCAUGGACCAUAUUAUUCAUAGCAUCUAUUCCGAAAAGAGUGCCUCAGCAAGCCCGGCUGAACUUUCAAACACUCGGCAGUCCAUUCAGACAGCACUAGAAAACUGGCGCAUGAGUCUACCUACUCACUUAUCAAUUCAGCUUGACAGUCCUGCCAUCACAUCCGUGCUUCCACACACGCUCUCAUUAUUAUCGAUGUAUAACUCCAUGGUCAUUCUGCUGCAUCGACCAUUCGUUUCAGACGGGCACCUCCAGUCUACCUCGUCGGGGGCAGGACAAGCCUUUUCAUAUUGUGCGACUGCGGCACUGGAAAUCGACAAAAUUCUGCAGCUCUACCAAAAGCAUUUUUGUAUGUCAACAACGCCUUACUUUGUGUCCUAUGCGACAUAUGUAAGUGCCACGAUACACGUACGCAUAGCGGCCCAGAGGCGGUCGGAUUCUGCGGCGCACAAAUGCCUUCAGAGGUGUCUAGAUGCAUUAGGAGAGCAUCAAACUAUUUGCCACGCACCACGACAGACAAUCAAGAUACUCAAGGGUCUUAUUCUACGUCUGGGUGUUAAGAUGGAUCAUUUCCCUGAGCCUGUGAGCCUUGAUUGCUCAAAGCCGACCGCCUCAACGCGCGAGAAGCCCACGCAAACACCACGUAUCGAAGAUCGACAUCAUCUGCGGUCACCUCCAGACUCUAGAUCCGGGAGCGGCGAAGAUAAUUCUGUGCCAGGAUUCACAGACCUAGAUAUUGAUGAAGUGAUGAGAAGCUUCGCAAUGAAUUCGACGGAUCCAAUGCUCCCUUCUGACAUCGAGGGACAGGCAUUGCCGGCGCUUGGAAACCUGGAGGAAGGGGAAAAUGAUCUGGAUAUCGACUCUUUCUUGUCUUUCGAUCCUCUUUUCGGCUUUAACAACCUUUUUUGA